AUGAGUUUGUUGGUUAGCUACGAGUCGGAUUUCAAGGCCACGUUGGACCAAGGUAAGGCUGCGCUGGUGAAGGCCAGUGCGCAGAGUUUGCCGGAACGGAAUGCUACGUUGAAGCAAAUUGAGGAGCAGAAGGAUGAGCUGUACGAUCUGCUGGACCAGAUGGCGUUGGAAGUGAACAACAGUGUCAGUGAUAUGCAGCAACGUGCAAAUUACAAAGCCAAGAUAAGAGACUGGAAAACUCAGGUGAAUCAGGAAUUGAAAGAGCCAUUGCAGAAACUGCUGGACACUCGGGAUAAGGAUGAACUAUUUGGUGCUGCUGCCAGGAGUGGUGCCAAUGGAAACAUAGACGUUGAAGGAAUGAGCGAGGAGCAGAGACAGCAACUGUUGUCAAAUCAUGCCAUCUUACAGAAGUCAGGGGAUAAAUUGAGGGAUGCAAGCCGGUUAGCCAACGAGACAGAAGGAAUAGGGUCACAGAUAAUGAUGGACCUAAGAUCACAGAGAGAAACUUUGGAAAAUGCUAGAGAUACUCUGUUUCAAGCUGACUCAUAUGUUGAUAAAAGUAUCAAGACCUUGAAAGUCAUGAGUAGGCGAUUAAUUGCUAAUAAAGCUAUUAGUUAUGCGAUCAUAGCAGUAUUGAUUUUAUUGAUUAUUCUGGUAAUAUUCUCUAAAUUCAGGUAG